CGCGGAGACCAAGMCCGGCCCCGGGCUUGGUUUGGCUGGAGUUYCCCAGCCGAUGGCACCGGAUCCCGCCAACGAAGCACCGGCCGGGAGCCGAAACGGAAGGAACCACGACGAAACGGCCCCCCCGUCCCCGGGGGAGGGAUGGUUUGCCACCGAGAACGAGGAAUGGGUCGUCCGGCUCCAGCGGUGGCGGGAGGGGGGAGGAAUCGGUGGUAGGGGGGCCGUAGCUACGAUCCUGCACGCGGCAAAGCUGGCAAACCUGGCGUGCGCCUCGGAGUUCCACCGCGGGGGCAGCAACAGCACCAGCAGCAGCACCAGCAGCACCACCGGGAGCAGCAUCCGGGCGCUCUAUCUCGAGGCGCAGAACGAAAUGGACGGGGACGGGGACCUCCGCUACGGUUCCGAGGCCCGGCUUUCCGAACGACCGGUCUCUCCUCCCGCCGUUGCGGCGACGGGAGCCACGGAGGCCGGCGACACUAGCAACAAAAACAACCAAGAAGACGACAACAACGAGGACAUCGCCAUGGAGCUGGACGCCUUUUUCCGGGACUACCCCGAGUGCCACCGAAGCAGCGACCGCGGUCCGGGGCACUGGAACGAAGACGACAGCGACAGCUAUAGCGAUAGCGACGGCGGCGAGAGCUGCAACGAAAGAAGCGAGCCUUCGUCUCCCCGGCAUCGGCGUCGGCGUCCAAACCAGGACGAAUCCAGCGCCGUCGUCGAUCUCGUUGCCGCGGCCUCGGAACCCCUGCACACGCAGACGCUACCAGAGAUCCACGCACGGGCCGAAAGCAGAACCAGCAGCAGGAGCAACCAUGGCAGCAGCAACAACGGCAGCAACAACAAUAAUGUCAGCAACAACAACGAGCAACACACAGAACCACUCGAUGGGGACAGAGAUCCACAUCCGCGCACAGAUCCGGACCGUCCUCCACAGCCACGCGGACGGCCCCUCUCGGCCAACGUGAACCACUCCAACACCACCGAUGGAGCCAGCGACGCGUGCAACGCUCCGAAUCCCAAGAACCCGUACCGAAGCGGAACCGUGGAUCUCACGGCGGCCCUUCCCCCGGGGAAGGAACGCGGGAAACCAAGAGGCCCGUCCGAUCCCAAUCCCUACCGGAGGCCGGUGUCCCGGUCCGGUUCCGGGGCUCCGCCGCGGGCGCACACCGCCCCCCGCAAUCCCUACGACCGCCGCAGUCAAACCCAAAACCCGUACGGCAGCGGCAACGCCAGCUUCAGCGCCAGCGGCACCAACCCUGCCUACGGCGACGCUGGCAACCGAGAGGCCUGGCUGGACCACCGGAACCGGACCAACCCCUUCCAGACGGCCCGGGAGGUCGCGCAGGCCGAGCAAAACUUCCCCCACCGGGAUCCCUUCCGCGGGGACCACCGCCAGCAGCGGCACGGGGAUCCCGGAACCCGGUACGGCCCCAGCCCUUCGGGAAACGACGACAAGGGCUAUGGAAGCUACGACGCCGGCCACGAGGGCACCGGUCCGUACAUCCCCCAGUCCCUCAAGCGAAAGUUUCAGCCCCCCACCCGAAAGGGACUCGGGACCGGCGCCGGGCAGCCCUCCCGGAAAGCGGACCGCCCAUGCAUUCGCAGCAACAGCGGAGGCAUUGGCAGCAGGAACAGGAACGCAAGCAGCAGCGGCGGCAACCGCCCCAAGAGCGAACCCGCCGAUCCAAGCGGUGGCGUUGGCGGCAAGGACGACAAGGACAACGACGAGCUGCCGGAGGCCCUCCAGCACCUCGAGAAGGAACUGGUCCGGAAGAUCGAGAACGAGAUCAUGGAAUCGGGGGAGACCGUCACCUUUGGCGACAUUGCCGGCCUGGAGGACGUCAAGGCCACCGUGGACGAGCUGGUGUGCUGGCCGAUGAAGCGGCCCGACCUCUUCACCGGCCUGCGAAAGGCACCCAACGGCCUGCUCCUCUACGGUCCCCCGGGGUGAGUCGAGUCGAAUCGKAUCGGAUCGGAUCGAAUCGCAUGAAUGUGUUGUUCUUGUUCUUGUUUUGGUGUGUUGGUUUGUUUUGGUUUCUAGAACAUCGUGCCGUGCCCUCUGCCUCUCGCGAGAUGGUUCGGCCCUGGAUGGAUUCCCGUUCGCUUUCGAUUCUUUCGUAAUACCCACUCUCCAGAUUCUUACACACUCGAUGCCCUCCCUCUUCCCAUCCCCGCAUUUCGUUUCGGCCCGUUUCGUCUCGCUCGCACAGGACCGGAAAAACCCUCAUCGGCAAGGCCAUUGCCCACGAGUCCGGGGCCACCUUCUUCUCGAUCUCGAGCUCCUCGCUGACGAGCAAGUGGAUCGGCGAGGGGGAAAAACUCGUCCGGACGCUCUUUGCCGUCGCCGCCUAUCACCAGCCGGCGGUCGUCUUUAUCGACGAGAUCGAUUCGCUCCUCACCCAGCGGACCUCCUCCGAGAACGAGGCCAGCCGGAGGAUCAAGACCGAGUUUUUGGUCCAGCUGGACGGGACCGGGACCACGGGACAGGGACGGGUCCUCGCCAUCGGAGCGACGAAUCGGCCGCAGGAGCUGGACGAGGCGGCCCGGCGGCGAUUCACCAAGCGACUCUACGUCCCGCUCCCAGAAGAAGCCGACCGGAGGGUMCUCCUGGAGGUCCUGCUCAAGACCAACAAGCACGAGCUCGGACCUUCCGACGUCGAGGCCCUGGCCAGGGACACCAAGGGCUUCAGCGGWGCCGACCUCCGGUCCCUUUGUACCGACGCCGCCAUGGGGCCGAUCCGGCAGCUCGGCUCCAGGGCCAUGGAGAUCAGCCUCGACGCCGUCCCACCGAUAUCCUACAAGCACUUCCAGAAGUCCCUCAGGGGGACGAGACCGAGCGUGGCGCAGUCCGACCUGAAGCAGUACGUCGAGUGGGACAAAACCUACGGAACGAAGCGGUAUAUCGAGGACGAGGACGAGGACGAGGACGACUGACGAAAGCCACCAACGAAAAUCUCUUUCACGAUCGACACGCGGCAAGCAAAACCAUAGACACUAGAAUAACCAAGCCAACAACCC